AUGCCUUACCCAGCAAUUUGGACAAGAUCACAACGGGGUCAAUUGUCUGCAGAUUAUGAAAGUGUUGCUUUUCCUGGCAACACGUUUAUUUUCCUUCAUAAACGAAGAACUCAACAUUGUUCCUAUUUUCGAUGCGCAUAUUGUGCAAAAGCGUUAAAGCUUCGGAUCAAGCGUAACGCAACAAGAUUAACAAUACCUAUAGUUCGAGCUUCUCUCGAAGAAGGAUUUUUGGAUGAUCCAGACAAUCCAUUUCACCGGCAUUUUUGUAUUGAUGAAAAAGAAGUUGAUACAACAACAUAUGCAGCUAAGGCUAGAUAUAUUUACAAUAAAGUAAAAUUGGAAUUGUUGGAUAUGCCAAUGACGCCUCGUCAGGCUUGGCUUCAAAUGGAAGCUGAAGUUAUUGCCAAUUUUCCUGAUACUCUGACACAGCAGGAAAUUAUUCGUCGUUUACCAACUGAUAAAUCAGCAAAAAGAAGUUUUGCUAGGCGUAGCUCUAUUGGGAAGCGGAAUUUGGUUGAAGACCUUGCAAUUUUUGGAAAGGAUUAUAAAGAACCUGUAGAUGAUUUUGAAGCAAAAAAUGAAUUUGAAGCCGAUGAUCUUUCUCUGCUUUUGGAUGCUGGUUUGGUGGAAGAACGCAAAAGUCCUGAUUUUUUAAAAGCUGAUUCUUCGAAAGUUCCUUUAGAUUUAUUGAAAUCAAGAUCUCCACGCCCUCCAUGGAUUUGUUCUCCCGGAAGAGAAAAGCUUGCAAAUUUCUUCCUUAUUCAUCGUGAAUGCCGUCCAGAUUCUCCACAUUUUAUGGUUUUUUCUGAUAUGAUGGGAAUUAAUUUAAUUCACAAAUGUGCAGAUAUCGUUUGCGACGGAAAUUCAAGUUUUUACCCCUAUGGAUUCGCGCAAUUAUAUACAUUUCAUGCUGUUCAUCAUUCAAUUCCAGAAGAGGCUCAUCUUUGUGCUUUUGCUCUUUUACCAAAUACUUCAUCUGUUGCUUAUAUUAAAUUAUUCGAUAUUAUUUCUCAAAAAUUGUUUACUGAAUUUGGAGAUCAUGGAAUUCAAAAGUUAGCAGCAAUAAAUGGCUGUAAAUCAAUUUUUAUUGAAGAUAUUGUUGAAGGAUCAGAACAAAAAACUUCAAAUUUUGCAAAAUUAUGGCAUGAACAUUUAAAUUCCUUAUUUUUUGGAAAACAUCCAGGAUUAAAUAGAUUUAUUAGAACAAUGAGGGAAGAAUUGUAUAGAGCUGGGUUACAAGCUGAAAGAAUUUUUCGUCCGCCAGAUUUUAUUACUUCAAUUAAUUUGGAUAAUAUUGAGGUUUUUAUAAAUUAUUUUUAA